AAAAGGUCUGCGUAUGCCAAGUGAGUACAUUCACCAGCCACUCGCAGACGAGAACUUACAACCUACUCUACUCUUCAAGCGAUUUGGAAGAAGGGAAACUUUGAUCAAAAUGGACCCCUGUGACUGCUCCAAGACUGGGACUUGCAACUGCGGUACCUCCUGCAAGUGCACUAACUGCCAGUGUACCUCCUGCAAGAAGAGCUGCUGCACCUGCUGUCCAUCCGGCUGCAGCAAGUGUGCAUCGGGCUGCGUGUGCAAGGGCAAUGCUUGCGACUCCAAUUGCUGUCAAUGAGCCAUACUAUCGCACAUGACUGCCUGUGAAUUCCCUGGUUUUUUUUCCAGUGUGAUGUCUGCUUGUGCUUUCUCAAUGGUUCUGUUGUGAUCAGAAUGUCUAUGUAUCCUUGAACAUGUCUUUUUACAUCCAUGUUGAAUAAAUGAGAAUCUAACCAUCA